AUGCCCUGGGACCUGACCAUUAGCAACAGACUGAGGAUUGGAUUGAAUGACCAUUUUGUUAUUGAUAUUGAGCUUGUAAUGUGCAUGAAUGUGCCAGGAGAGGAUGGAGAAGAUGUCUGCAAGUUGAGCCCCAAACCACCAGCUCAUGUCGACAGGAUGGAGACCGAAUCCUUCGCAUUGAACUGCUGUAUGUGUAAGGCAUGCUCUUCUGUUUUCAUACCACCAUCAAAACAGAGAAAAUGGGGAUCUGAUAGACACAAUGAUCAGUACAACUCAGGCAAUUAUAGGAUGUGCAACAAGAGCUUGAGUUUCUCUUCUUCAUUCACAUUUGGGAAGGUUGUUCUGAAGGGGGGUGCUGGUGAGAAUGAGGUGGAAGUGGGAAUGGUUGUUCUGAAGGAUGGCCAUGAAGUACCAGUUGUUAAGCAUGCCUUCAAAAAUGUUGAGCUUCUGAUCCAGCCUUCGUGA